AUGUUCUUUAUGAAUAAAUCUAUCUAUCUAUCUAUCUAUCUAUCUAUCUAUCUAUCUAUCUAUCUAUCUAUCUAUCUAUCUCAUUCUUUUCACUAUCUAUCUAUCUAUCUAUCUAUCUAUCUAUCUAUCUAUCUAUCUCAUUCUUUUCACUAUCUAUCUAUCUAUCUAUCUAUCAUUCUUUCACUAUCUAUCUAUCUAUCUCAUUCUCUAUCUAUCUAUCUAUCUAUCUUCGAUUUCUAUCUAUCUAUCUAUCUAUCUAUCUAUCUAUCUAUCUCAUUCUUUUCCAUCUAUCUAUUCUUUUCCCUAUCUAUCUAUCUAUCAUUCUUUUCCUAUCUAUCUCAUUCUUUUCCCAUCUAUCUAUCUAUCUAUCUAUUCUUUUCCCUAUCUAUCUAUUUAUCUAUCUAUCUCAUUCUUUAUCACAGUUAUCUAUCUCAUCUAUCUAUCUAUCUAUCUAUCUAUAUAUCUAUCACAUCUAUAUGUUAUAUUAUCUUUCUUAUUUAUAUAUAUAUAUAUAUAUCUAUCUAUAUAUCUAUCUAUCUAUAUGUCUAUAUUUCCAUCUGUCUUGGUUUAUUCAUAUUCAUCUAUCUAUCUAUCUAUCUAUCUAUCUAUCUAUCUAUCUAUCUAUCUAUCUAUCUAUCUGUAUGUCUAUAUUUCCAUCUGUCUUGGUUUAUUCAUAUCUAUCUAUCUAUCUAUCUAUCUAUCUAUCUAUCUAUCUAUCUAUCUGUAUGUCUAUAUUUCCAUCUGUCUUGGUUUAUUCAUAUCUAUCUAUCUAUCUAUCUAUCUAUCUAUCUAUCUAUCUAUCUGUAUGUCUAUAUUUCCAUCUGUCUUGGUUUAUUCAUAUCUAUCUAUCUAUCUAUCUAUCUAUCUAUCUAUCUAUCUAAUAUGCAAAUAUAA